AGCGCGGCGCGGCGCGGCCGCCGCGUGCGCGAGCCGGGUUGCAGCCCAGCAGGGACUUUCCAGCCGGCGGCGGCGGCGGCGGCCGCCGGCCCUUCCCCGCCCCCCGAUAUGGGGCUGCCCGGGGAGCAGGACGCUGCGGACCGCGGCGGAGGACGCGCCCGGCGCCCCUGAGCCGGCGAGCGGCGGCGGACCGCGGGAAAUUCUCUUUCUUAAAAUGGAGUCGAGUAAAAAGAUGGACUCUUCCAGCUCACUGCAGACCAACCCACCACUGAAGCUGCACCCUGACCGUAGCGCCGGGACUUCAGUUUUUGUCCCUGAACAAGGAGGUUACAAAGAAAGGUUCGUGAAGACCGUGGAGGACAAGUACAAGUGCGAGAAGUGCCGCCUGGCGCUGUGCAACCCCAAGCAGACCGAGUGUGGGCACCGGUUCUGUGAGACCUGCAUGGCCUCCGUGCUGAGCUCUUCAAGCCCAAAAUGUACUGCGUGUCAAGAAAGCAUCAUCAAAGAUAAGGUGUUUAAGGACAAUUGCUGCAAGAGAGAGAUUCUCGCUCUUCAGAUAUAUUGUAGGAAUGAAAGUCGAGGUUGUGCCGACCAGUUAACACUGGGACACCUGCUGGUACACUUGAAGAAUGAUUGCCAGUUUGAAGAACUGCCGUGUGUUCGUGCUGACUGCAAAGAAAGAGUCUUGAGAAAAGACCUGCGUGAUCACGUGGAGAAGGCCUGUAAAUACCGCGAGGCCACGUGCAGUCACUGCAAAAGUCAAGUUCCAAUGAUUACAUUGCAGAAACACGAAGACACUGAGUGUCCCUGCGUGGUGGUGUCCUGCCCUCAUAAGUGCAGUGUCCAGACGCUUCUGAGGAGCGAGUUGAGUGCACACUUGUCAGAGUGUGUCAAUGCCCCCAGCACCUGUAGUUUUAAGCGCUAUGGCUGCGUUUUUCAGGGGACAAACCAGCAGAUAAAGGCCCAUGAGGCCAGCUCUGCAGUGCAGCACGUCAACCUGCUCAAAGAGUGGAGCAACUCUCUGGAGAAAAAGGUUUCCUUGCUGCAGAAUGAAAGUGUAGAAAAAAACAAGAGCAUACAAAGUUUGCACAAUCAGAUAUGUAGCUUUGAAAUUGAAAUUGAGAGACAAAAGGAAAUGCUUCGAAAUAAUGAAUCCAAAAUACUUCAUUUACAGCGAGUGAUAGACAGCCAAGCCGAAAAACUGAAAGAGCUGGACAAAGAGAUCCGCCCCUUCCGGCAGAACUGGGAGGAGGCAGACAGCAUGAAGAGCAGCGUGGAGUCUCUCCAGAACCGAGUGACAGAGCUGGAAAGUGUGGACAAAAGCGCAGGGCAGGCAGCUCGGAACACAGGCCUGCUGGAGUCCCAGCUGAGCCGGCAUGACCAGAUGCUCAGCGUGCACGACAUCCGCCUGGCAGACAUGGACCUGCGCUUCCAGGUCCUGGAGACCGCCAGCUACAACGGGGUACUCAUUUGGAAGAUCCGCGACUACAAGCGGCGGAAGCAGGAGGCCGUCAUGGGGAAGACGCUGUCCCUGUACAGCCAGCCCUUCUACACCGGCUACUUCGGCUAUAAGAUGUGUGCCCGGGUCUACCUGAACGGCGACGGCAUGGGCAAGGGGACGCAUUUGUCACUGUUUUUUGUCAUCAUGCGUGGAGAAUAUGACGCUCUGCUUCCGUGGCCCUUUAAGCAGAAAGUGACGCUCAUGCUGAUGGAUCAGGGGUCCUCUCGGCGGCAUUUGGGAGACGCGUUUAAGCCAGACCCCAACAGCAGCAGCUUCAAGAAACCCACCGGGGAGAUGAAUAUCGCCUCCGGCUGCCCGGUCUUUGUGGCCCAAACUGUGCUAGAAAAUGGGACAUAUAUUAAAGAUGAUACCAUUUUUAUUAAAGUCAUAGUGGAUACUUCGGACUUGCCUGACCCCUGACCAGUCACUGGGGAGGUGGAUUGAGCAGAAGGCAACUCCUCUCGGGGGUUUGAACCGCUGUCUCCACCGAGGUCCUCGUGCUCAGAAAAGGACCUUGUGGAGCGGAGGAAGUGGCGGAAGGCGGCCGCAGGCCGUCGGGAGGAGACACGCGUGAGGACAGUCCCUAAUAGACUAGAAACACUUCACUGAAGAAUUAUUUAUCCUUCAACGAGAUAAAUACUGCUGUCAGAGAAGGUUUUCAUUUUCAUUUUUAAAGGUUUAAUUAAUUAAGAUGAAAAACAUAUAUGCUAAACAAAAGAACCAUGAUUUUUCUUCCUUAAACUUGAACACCAAAAAGAAACACACACACACACACACACAUAUGGGGACAGCUGGACAUGUCGGCAUGUUAAGUAAAAGAAGAAUUUAUGAAAUAAUGCAAUUCUGAUAUAUUCAUUCUAAAAUUCAAGAGUGCAAUCUUGUUUCAAAUAUAGUAUAUUGUCUAUUUUUAAGGCCUCAUCUGGUCUCUGUUUUAAUAAUUUGUUUGUCAGAAGACCCUGAAGUACACCUAGGUCUUUUUUGAAAGUCUCUAAAUUCAGAAUCAUUUUUUAAUUUGAAGUUCUAAGAUAAUUGUUACUGCAAACAUUUUAUUUUCAAACGUUGAUAGACUUAUAUUUCUUGGAAGAAAAUGUAAAAUAUCAAACACUGGUUAUCACUUGUGAUAGGAAAGAGAAUAUCCAAUCUGUUGUUAUUUCUCGUUAGAAAUGUAAACCUUCAAUAUCUGUCGUAGUUAAUGACACUACUGCAAAAUUACUAUGAAAGGAAAAUUGCUCAUGGAUGCUGUGCAUCAUUUUCAGAUUUAUAAUUGUUUUCACCCUAAAAUAGGGCAUUAGUUGAACUUUGGAGUUCUAAACAAAAUCCUGUAGGUUUUUAAAAUUCUGCCCCAUGUGUUCAGACAAGCUGUCGAUUGCUGACAACACCGACCGUCAGUGUCCAGUGUCCAGGGGUGGGCAGGUGACUUGUGCUGGAGGAGGCCACAGCAGACGUCUCUUCAUUCUGUCAUGUUGCUGCAUUCUGUGAACGAUCUCCGAAAGCGACAUCUGCGCAUAGAGAUGGUGGCAUAGUGUACAUGUGCCUUAGACGUGACAUGCUGCUUCUCGACCCGAGCUUUGUGUUCACUGUAAUUCUAGGACGUGGUAGUGUAACCAGACUGCUCUCUCGACCACUAGCUCUGUCUGUCGGGCCCUCAGACAGCCCCGCACCUGCUGAGGGAGCAGGUCCAUCCUCGGCUUCUGGGGCCUCCGCCGCUUAAUUAUCACAGACUCCAAAUCUCUAGGCCCCCAAAGCCAGCCGCUUGGUCCCACCCCCCAAGGCAGGAGUGGAGCAGAAGCUGCACCUCUCCGUGUCCCCACCCGGGCCCGGGGAGCCCACACCACUCAAAGCAGAACCCUCUGAGCAUUCCAGAGACCGCCGCUCUGGGGCUGCCGGGCUGACCCACAGGCCCCGCCACUCCCUGGGGAAGGGUGGUGUCGGGGUCCGUAGGCCCAGCCUGGCCUGCCCAGCGGCCUUUUCUCAACUCACUGUUUACCUUCUCUCAAUGGUCCAACUGUGAUUCGAAGCCGGAGCCCUGCCUGCUGUGCCCCUCUGCUAUGCACCGUGCUUCCUGGGUGCUCUAACCACUGACGGGUGCUACACGUGACGGGUGCUUCUUAGGCACGACCAGUGCGCGCCCCACCGCCUCUGUGCCACUCAUCCACGACGCGCCCACACUCGGCCAGCUGGGCUGCGCACCUCGGACUGCCUGCUGGGCUCCCCCGUGGUCGUGGGGACGGCUGGGUUGGUGCCUGGUGGCCCACCGUGUCUCUGGUGCUGCCAUCUGCCCUGGGUGUGCCUUCACCCCAGUGCCUGCUGGAAGUACCCUCCUCUCACACGCCGUCCCCAGCUUCCAUAAGUGACCUCUUGGGUUCCAAGCAUCUGCCAGGCCCUGCGGCAGUGACAGUGCUCAGAUGUCUCCACCUCCUCUCUUUUCUCCACUCCCAGCAUGGCCUGGAGGGCGAAGCAGUCAUCGGUCUGCCCACUCAGGAGUCGUAUGUCCCCACUCCGAGGAAGGACUUCCUGCAGGUGCUGUAGGACCACUGUUCCCUCAGAGGUGUCCCGACCUCCUCCAGGCCUUCCCCUGGGCUCCCCCCCGCAGACCCAGAGGAGGGAGGAUGCCUGGCAGUCCCUACCUGGCCUCAGGUGGCUUCCUGGGGGCAGGGCUUACCGACAGGGGCAUCCCUGCAACUUCCUUCCCCUUCAGUAAAAGUACGGACAAUAUUAACAGAUUUAGGAUAAGCAACAUCUUGGUGUGGUUAAAAAAAAAAAAGAAAAAGAAAACUUCUUUCCCCUCCCUCCCAGAUUAAAGUCCUGUUUGGGUGGCUCCCUGGAAGCACCCGUCCCUUGGUGGGGGCUUGUCCAGACUUUCUUCUGGUGGGAGACGACCGGCCCUCCCGCCUUGCCCGAGGAGCCCACAGGACGCAGCUUCAGUAGCAGGCACCGUCCCCUGGGCUGAGGCUGUGACGUGGUGGUAGCACCAUCCUGUGGCCUGAACAGAGUUGGUGGCACUCGGGUCGUAGACCAUGUGGCCUGGCCGUUGUGUGCACUUGGCCCCCUGGAGGCCUGGGGUGGGGGCCUGCUGGACGCCCUCUGGGGCUCCCCGGCCUGACCGUCUGUCCUGGAGCCCGCGCUCCCCUCCUGCCUCAUGGGGUCCUGGUGACAAGUGAAGGGUGUCGGGCGCAGUGUCAUUGGGUGCACUUUUCACAUUGACUGAAAGUGACAAAACUCCCCCAGGACAGAACUGUUCCCAUACUUUAAAGAAACCGGCACUGAGUCUCAUGUGAGUUCAGCCAGUUGGCCGCCCUGUCAGCCUCGUCCCAGCGUGAAGAUGAGCCCGCCUGCGCAGCUCGGUCUCUGCGGGUCCUGAGAGGGGGGAGGGGGCCUGUGGGUGGUGACCACACUGCAACCGCUUGUGUGGCCUUUGUUAUAAGCAGGGUUUUCCAUGUCCUGGGUUUGUAGGUAACAGGCGACAGUAGGGUUUUCCAUGUCCCGGGUCUGUAAGUUGCUCUCAGACCUGUCAGAGAGGAGGGUGGCGCUGGCCCCUGAAUGUGCGUCACUGCAGGUGCACAGGGGGGGCUGCGUGAUGGUCGCAGUCAUGGCCCCAGUUCCCAGCCUCUGCCCAGAGCCCGCCUGUCCUUGACGCUGGAGCAGGUUGAAUGGGAAGCUUGUGGCCAAGCCGCUCCUGCCCGCCCCCCACAGGCCUUCCCUGCCCUGUGACGCCAGAGGGGUGGCCGGAGAUGCCUGCCCUCUCCGCUGGCCGCCACCGGGCCCUUCAGGUGCGGCAAUUCCGGUGGUCUCUCGGGCAGAACUGACGCCCCGAGGCUUCCCUUAGGCCACUGUGGGCCACCCUGUGAGGACGGGGACGGCCACCUCUCCUCCAGGGUCCUCAGCUGCCCGGGUUCAGGGCCACACGUCCCCCCUGAAGCCUGCCGUCAUCAACGGUACCACCGUCUUCACCCAGCAGUGUCGUGGUGGUGGUCCUCCGUGGCCGGCCUGGCAUCCUGCAAGCCGGUGGGCAACAUCCGGCAAGGGACAGGGUGGACUGACCCUUAAACACAGCCGGGUCCCGAGGCGGGUUAUUUCAGCCCAAGGGGGUGGGGAGAGAGGCAGGACCCCAACUCAUACCCUGGGGGGGGGGGCGUGGCGCCUCCAGGGCCCACAGCUCCGUCCCUGUGCACUGAGCAAGUGGCCCGGGCCUGUCAUUCUGUGCCCACCACAGACGUGUCUGGCCUCAGCACCUCCGCUGCCCUCCCGGUUGGUCUGGAGCUCAGAGUCCUUGUGGGGCCUCCUGCCCUUACCUCGGCCUCCACAGCGUGUCCCUCCACUUGGGGCACUCAGUCUGGGCAGGGCUGGGGCAAGCCCUGAGGCCCUCUUCUUUUCCUUCCAGACGCGAGCGGGGCAAGUCCCAGGGGCUCCUUGGCUUUGUGAGUGUUUGUGAUGAGUGAGGGAUCUGUCCCCCAAGUCCACUUCUCAGCCCAAGACGGCGGUUCUGUCUUCCGUUCGCAAAUCUCGAUAGUUGUGUUUUCUCCAAAGUCGCAUGUGUCCACUAGGGUCCAGGUCAGAUGAGGCUCCAUGUCAGCAAGUGUCCUGGUCAUCAUGCCUGUCUGUCCAGGCAGUGCUGGUUGUCACCAGGGAGCCAGGGCCAGCGGCGGGCAGGGAGGCGAGACCCAGAAGCAUCCUGGGGCGUUUUCCUUGGCCGCAGGCGCCCGAGGCGGGCAGGCUGUUGGUGCGCUUUGCGGAGGCCGAGCAGUGCUUGCAUUUCAUUCCGCUGCUGCUGCUGUGUGUAGUCUGUCUUGUGAACUCUCGAGAAGACCAAGGUUCAAGUCCAGGAUGGCUGUCCACUCCUGCAGUUCAGUUCUGCUGCUUGGUUUUCGUAACCCAGUCCCCUUAGGCAAGUAAGAUAAACCCUUCCACAGCACACUCAAUGACCUAAUUGGUAAACACAAAAGCGGCAUUAUUUCAAGGAUUUCUACAAGAAUUCUCUCUAGGAUAACAUCUGUGAUAAAGGAAGUAUGUAAAUCCACAUAGAUGAUGGUGUGACAUUUUUAGAAUCGCAUUCUUUCUCUGACGGCACCCUUCUCCAUUCAGUCCUGUUACCCAAAAACAAAGACCAAAGAAGGCCAGUCUCUCACUUGACUCUGUAUUUUUAAUCUGCCUGUUUUAAAAACCGCCAUCUGUGGUAGCCGCGCGCUGAGGACCCAUCUCGACAGUCCAAGUGAUUGUGACCAGUGAUUCACGUCCUGUGUUUUUCUGCUCUUCUAAGAAACAACAACAAAAAGACAGUGUAAGUUAUUGCUCAGCAAUAAUCGUGUUGUUAAUAUGUUAACAACAUGUCUCAUUUUCUGACAGCAUUACCAUGUUUUAUAUUUUUGUUUACUGUAUAUUGUGUGCGGUUUUAUUUGGUAUUUAUUUGUGUUUUGAGGUCUUGCAAUGUUUUUGUGUUUCUGAUGCUGAUGACUACAGUUUGUAAGAGUGUAGAAUGCAAACCUGAAAUGCUAAACUGUCUCAUUAGAGGAAAAUAAACCUGACU